CACACAGGAAGCUGAGCAGAUCAGGGGCCCAGCCCCAAGCAAGCACAGGCUCCCCCGGCCCCAGGAGCCUGGGGGAAAGGGCCCCGCUGGGCCAGCCCUGCGGAGACCAUGGGAUCCACAGAGAAAACAGGGAACACACAGAGAGGCAUCGAUGCGAGAAUCAGAACCCCUCCCUCCGGGUAAAGCCCCCUCACGCCCACAGAAAACAGCCCUCUGCUGUGUUUGACUGGUUCUUCGAAGCCGGCCGCCCCCACUCCCUGGAGGAGGAUCCCCAGAUCCUGCGGCAGUUCCCGCCGGACUUCCGGGAACAGGAGGCCAUGCAGAUGGUGCCCAAGUUCUGUUUCCCUUUCGACGUAGAAAGGGAGCUGCCCAACCCUGCUGUCCAGCACUUCACCUUCGCCCUCACUGACCUGCUGGGCAACCGCAGAUUUGGCUUCUGCCGCCUGCGGGCUGGUGCGUGCAGCUGCCUCUGCAUCCUCAGCCACCUUCCCUGGUUUGAAGUGUUCUACAAGAUCCUCAAUACUGUGGGGGACCUCCUAGCCCAGAACCAAGUCACCGAAGCUGAAGAACUCCUACAGAACUUGCAGCAACACCCUCUUCCUGGACCGGGGUUUUCAGGGGAACCAGAGAUGGGCAGCAGCUUGGCCGUCUGGAGCCAGUGUGGGAUCCUGCCUCCUGCCCUGGGGAAUAGCAAGCUGCUUUCUUGUUCUGUGGACCCGGAUUCUGCCGGCCUGCCGUCUAUUCCUGAGAACAGGAAUCUCACGGAGCUGGUGGUCGCUGUGAGGGAUGAGAACAUCGUGGGGCUCUUCGCGGCGCUGCUGGCUGAGAGGAGGGUCUUGCUCACGGCCAGCAAGCUCAGCACGCUGACAGCCUGUGUUCACGCGUCCUGUGCUUUGCUCUACCCCAUGCACUGGGAGCACGUCCUGAUUCCCACGCUGCCCCCACACCUGCUGGAUUACUGCUGCGCGCCCAUGCCCUACCUCAUCGGAGUCCACGCUAGUCUCGCUGAGAGAGUUCGGGAGAAGGCACUGGAAGAUGUCGUGGUGUUGAACGCCGACUCUAACACGCUGGAGACGCCCUUUGACGACGUACAAGCGCUGCCCCCGGACGUUGUUAGUGCCGCCGCCCCCCACGCCCUGCUCCUCAAGGUGGAGCCUCCAUCUCUGCCCAUCUCAGAGUCUCUCCUGUGUUGCCAGGUAUCCCUGCUGAGGCUUCGACUGAGGAAGGUGGCGCUGAGCCCCGGGGAAGGAGUGUCCCGACUCUUCCUAAAAGCCCAGGCCCUGCUCUUCGGAGGGUACCGCGACGCACUGGUCUGCAUCCCGGGUCAGCCGGUGACCUUCAGUGAAGAGGCUUUCUUGGCUCAGAAGCCGGGGUCGCCGCUGCAGACCUUCCACAAGAGGGCGGUACACCUGCAGCUGUUCAAGCAGUUCAUCGAAACCCGACUGGAGAAACUCAAUGCUGGGGAAGGCUUCUCAGACCAAUUCGAGCAAGAGAUCAUUGCCUGCUGUGGGGCUUCCUCAGGCGCCCUCCGAUCCUACCAGCUCUGGGUAGAUAGUCUUAAGAAAGGUGGUGACGCCCUCUUGCAUUCAAUGAAGGCCAAAACCCGACCAGCCGUCAGGAACAUGUACCGAUCGGCGAAGAGCGGCUUCAAGGGAAUGCAGAACCUGCUUAUGACUAAGGACGGAGACUCUGGCCUGCAGAGGGGGGGCUCCCUGAGAACCCCAAGCCUCACCAGCCGCUCAGAUCGCCUACAACAGCGCCUGCCUAUCAGCCAGCACUUUGGGCAGAACAGGCCCCUCCGCCCUAGCAGGAGACUCAGGCGAGAAGAGGGACCUUCUGAACCCCUUGGCGAGAGGAGCCCUGCCUUGAGCCCCGAGGACACCCAGAGUCCCUGGGCAGAGGAAACGCUAGACGGCAGCUUUCUGGGGUCCGGAGGAGAACUGGAUCUGUUGAGCGAGAUUCUCGACAGUCUGAGCGUGGAAACCAAGAGUGGCGGCCGGCUGAGGGCCAGCCAGAGCUUGAACUGCUGCCAGCAGGGGGCGUCGGAGAGCUGCUUCAGUCUGCCUGACAUCCCAGCGAGGUCACCAUGGCAACUGGAAGAGGAUGAGCAUGAGCGAUCCCCGGAACCCCAGCCCUGGUCCUUGCCAGGGGACCUGGCGGCUCUGCAGGGCACUCCAUCUUCAGAGGUUGCAAGCUGCUCCAUGAACUGUUCGCAGCCGCCCUCAGACAUCUCUCCGCCCUCAGACAUCUCUCCGCCCUCAGACAUCUCUCCGCAAGCAUCUUCAGCCACUUCAGCAGACCCCAGCUGCCAAGGGGACCCCGAGCUCUCUGCUCCCACCGAGCCGGAUCCUAGAGUCCCACAAAGCCCUUGCUCCAGGCUCCCCCCAGUGCCCACUCAGCCCAGCCCGCCAAAGAGCCCCCAACUUCUUGCCCCCACAAAGCUCAGCUGUGACACUGUUGGAACAUUACAAUCCAUUCGGUCUCCCUCACACUCCAAUUCUCCAGAGAUCCCCAGAAAGCAGCCUCCCCAGGUCCUGCGGCAUCAGGCUCGAGUGCCACCCCUCAAGGAGCGAGGAGUCAGCAACCCGCAAGGGCCCGCCGCCAGGCAGCCUCGCGUUGCUGACCUGAAAAAGUGUUUUGAAAACUAAGAGCCGGGGUGUGGAGGGGACCCCAGCUCUCAAUAAAGCUGAUUUUUUUUCCCUUGGCAAAUUUA